CCAUACCAGGAAGUCCACAAAUCGUUCGAAUGAGCUGGAAGGUCUCAGCUGAUGUUGACUAAAAGUUUCCACGCGUAAUGCCUCCAAUGCGUGUGGUCUGACGGGACAGGAGCGCACUAUGGGCAACACUGAGAGUGUGCUGGUGCAGAAGCGUCUCUCCCGCUUCCGCCCUGAAGAUCGGCCGGUGGUGGAAGCAGUGUUUGACAGGCUGCGAGGAGCCGUCGCGGCGCCUGCAGGAAACACCCUCACAUUUGAUAUGUUGCAGUCCUCCAUGUGCAAGGUGGCACCAAAGUCCAUGGUAAAGAGAUUAUACCAGUGCAUGAGCAGUAUUAACCUGGGACAGACCGCAUCUGGCAAAGUCAGCACCUCUGCGGCUUCUGGAGUGAGUCGAGAGCAAUUGGUCGUCUUCUUAGCAGACACCCUGCAAGGCACUGCUGAAGAACGAGCUCCCCUUGUCAUGGCUAUGUCGCAGGGCGCCACAGAAUGCUCCACGAGUGUCACCUGUCAGCAAGUAAUGCAGUUCUUACAGGACCUCAUCUCUGCUGUAGUUCAGAUCCUGGUCAAUAAAGGAUGCCUUCAGGGGUGGAAACCUGAAAAUAUGGGUGAUGCAUCUCUGGGUGUCCAACUUUUGGCAGAGAACAUGUGUUCAGAACUCAAACCCGCAGACCAAGGAGGCUGUGAUGUUGCCUGUUUGGAAGAUUGGAUCUUCAGAGUACCCCAGGUAUCUUCGUACCUGCUGAUGCUGGUAGCUGAAGGGCUGAACGUGUCACUAAGUGCACAGUCGACACACAACAACCUGCUACCUCCUUGUAAAGACGCGCCCUGGAAAGAGCUCAAGUGUCUGCUAGACAUCCCCACGCUCAUGUUUCUGGCACCACAGCUGCCUGACGGACACAGGGCGCCUUGGAGGCUGGUGUUUUCCACGCUGCUGCACGGCGAGAGCUUCACAAGGAUGGUGGCAGGCCUGACGCAGUGCGGGCCCACUUUGCUGCUCAUCAAAGACACAAGGGGACACGUUUUUGGGGGAUUUGCCUCCCUCAGCUGGGAAGUCAGACCUCAGUUCCAGGGCGACUCCAGAUGCUUCCUGUUCUCUGUGUUUCCCACAAUGAGAGUUCAUACAUGGACAGGUUACAACCAACACUUCAUGUACCUCAACCAGAAUCAGCAGACCAUGCCCAACGGACUGGGUAUGGGCGGCCAGCACAAUUACUUUGGCUUGUGGUUGGACAGUGAUUUCGGACGCGGUCACAGCCGCGCACGGCCAAAGUGUACAACCUUUGGCAGUCCUCAACUCUCGGGAGAUGAGGACUUUGUGUUGGACUCGAUGGAAGUAUGGGCAGUAGGACAGCAAGAGAAGGGUGAGGAAGGUGAGGGUAAAAGGAGUGUCUUGGAUAUGGAUCCAGAGGUCCAGGCCAUGAUGGAGAUGGCAGGGAAGACUCUGCACAGUCAAGGUCUGAGGGAGGCGGAGGACGACCAGGAGCAGUGAGGGUCAGCAAAAACCGUCUCCACACCACCUCACCUGCUGCUGACACAAAUAUGAAACAGACUCAAUAUGAGAAGUCAAAGUGAGUCCUUCCUCUGUCAUCUUUGUUCAGCUGGCACUUGACUUCUGCUCCAGUCGAUGCAAAGUUAAGUCAAUUGUACAGUAUGUAUUUACACAAAACCGACACCAAAGCACAGACAAAAACGCUACACUUUUGUUUUUGUUCCCAUUUUUCAUCAGCUCAACUCUUUUGUGGAGUAGCCUUUUAUUGUGGCCAGCCAAAGGCACACGUGUUCAAUAGUCACGCUGUCUCGUCAGCAUCUUGCUAUGCCGCACCUGGGAGGUGGAUGGCUCCUUUUGGUGCUCACUAACGCAGAUUUCAACACAUCUGUUAGCAAUAUUUGAGAGAAAUAUGCCCUUUGUGCACAUGGAAAAACUUUUACAUCUUUGAGUUCAGCCCAUGAAAAAUGAGAACAAAAAUAAAAGGGUCAGGUAUUUUUUUUUUUUUGAUGAGUGUUUUGAGUUUUUACAUCAGUCAACUGUGAAAGGUGUUGGACAUUUCAGCAUGACUCCCUCAGCAACUUCAAAAGGGUAGAAAAUGUUACAAAGGAAAUGACAUCUGGGGUUCAGAGUUGAGCUUUAGCUUGGCGUCGGGUUACGGCCACAACAGUAGCCCGUGUCUUUAUUAGGGAUUGUUGUGCGUGUUGUUAGAAAAUUGAAACCUGCAAUAAAAGCCUGUUGUCCCAGCGAUCAUGUCUGGCGCAUAUACAGUAUGUCUCAAUUCAACCACAAAACAGCAUGAUUUAGCAUGAUUUACGAAUUCAUAUAUUUUUUAACAGCGGUGAUAGAGUGAAGCCACGAAAUUCAAACCACGAUGUGGCAAGAGACCACUGUAGUAGAAAAUAAGACAUAAUAUAGACUCGCACGUUAGCAUUGGGAGAGUUCCUUGUUGUUCUUGAUGCUCCCUACGGUGGCUUAUUGUCUCAUCAAUGUAACAUUACUGACACCCACUGACCAGUGUAGAAUGCUACAUAUCGUCUUGGAAUGCAUCUUCUGAAUGAAUAUAUAUAAAACAGUAUAUUCGCAUUUUAGUUUAGACACUUUUAUUCUUGAAAAUGCUUAAUUUAGGCCAAAAAAAGUAACAUUUGCAUGCUUAAAUAUGCAUAUAUGUUUUGACUGAUAAUAGGCCGUAGUCAACCACAAAACCAUCCAUCCAUCCAUUCAUUUUCUAUACUGCUUCUCGUCAUUAGGGUCGCGGGGGACUUCUCAGCUGACUUCGGGUGACAGGCGGGGUACACCCUGGACUGGUUGCCAGCCAAUCACAGGGCACAUAUAGACAAUCAUUCACACUCACAUUCAUACCUAUGGGCAAUUUAUAGUCUCCAAUUAACCUAACAUGCAUGUAUAUAUACAUAUAGAUACAGUAUACAUAUAUUACCAAAAGGCUAAUAAAAGUGUGGGGGUUUCAUUUCAUUUCUACAAUGUGCUGCAGGCCAAUAAAAAACUAGCCAUGGGUAGCAAGCGUCCCCUGGGCUGCACUUUGGACACCCCUGCUGGAACUAAAGGAUGCACCAUCAGUAGAGUAGGAUGAUGUGCACACUACUGAAUUCCAAACUCGCUUGAAUUUUCUAAAAGUGAUAUUAUUUUGUGGACUA